AUGGUUCUGCCAGCCUUCGUGUUUCUUCCACUUUAUAUGUACCCAUACAAUUCGACUUCAUGGAGUACACUUACCACCUCGAUUGUUGCCAAUCCAGAACUUAAGUUUCAUGUGAUUGUUGCCCCCAAUUUGGCGUUUACGGACCCAGAUGUCAAUUAUGUUGCAGGCCUUACAAAUCUAAGUAGCUACGCAAACGUCCUGACUCUUGGCUAUGUCUAUACCUCUUACGGAAAUCGAGAUGUUAUAGAAAUCGAAGCAGAAAUCGAUAAAUUUGUCGGGUGGAACUCACCAACAGAGCUUCCAAUAGGCGGAAUUUUCUUCGAUGAGUCGCCAUCAAACAACUCAACAUUCUCAUAUAUGAGUACACUUACCACAUACGCGAAAACAUCAUUAGGAGCUGGGAAAGAUUACAUAUAUUUCAACCCCGGUGUUGCGGUCGAUGCGUCCUUCUAUACACUGGCUGAUAGCAUCAACAUUUUCGAAGAGUCUUAUGCGAACUUCAAUGAAACUUUAUUAACUAGUUUGGAUAAUUCCUUACUAGCUAAGUCAACUUAUGCAAUUCAUGAUUUUACUGGAACUACAACAGAACAAACUGCUCUCGUGAGUCAGCUUGCGUCUGCAAACCUAGCAGGAAUGCUCAUAACUACACAAACUGGGUACACGGAGUGGUCAAGCUUAUGGUCUUCGUUCUGCUCCGAAGUAAAUACAUUGAAUCUUGGUAAUGGGACCGGAGGUGGUGGUGGAGGGGGAGGAGGAGGUCAUGGAGGUGGUGGCAGCGGUGGUGGUGGAGGAAAUAAUGGAAGCCAUGGAGGGGGAGGGGGAGGGGUGAACAACGGAGGACACGGAAGUGGAGGAAAUAACGGUGGACAUGGAGGGGGUGGGGGUGGGGGUUAUGGUGGCGAUGACGAUGACGAGUGCGAUGACGAUGAUGAAGACGACGAUGACGAAGACGAUGAAGAUGAAGAAGAUUGA